AUGGAUAACGUAUGGCAAAAUGCGAAAGUGGCUGAGUUAGAGGCGUUCAGUGAUGUCCGUCCAAUUUCCCAAAUACCACCAAACGACUACUGGAUAUCGAGAUCACGAAACGCUUGGGUGCUACUCGCCUUCCAGGAUGGGGACUGCAUGAUCCUCACUGUGCCUGGUUGGAGACACUACAAGAUAUGGCUGUCAACCGAUGUUAAUGGAGUUCUUGUUGCCAGUUUCUAUCCAGAUUGCCUGAGUGAGCAUCUAGAGGUACUGACCGAACUCUUCGAAGUACAGUUUAGCUGGCCUCCUGCAACACAGAAUCUGGAGACAGUCCAUAAAGACGAACGGAAUGUGAACCUUAAUUGCUCGUCAGAAGAAAUGAAGUACAAAAUAUCUGCACUGAAACGUGGGAAGGCAUCAGGACCGGACCGACUGAAUCCUGCCCUCUUCAAAGGUGGGGAAUACUUAAUGAUCUAUCUGGCAAAGCAAAUUGGUGCAAUACGGUACAAAGAGAAAGUGCCUACAGAAUGGGUCACGUCGACAAUUAUUUUUGUGUUCAAAAAGCGGACGCGGACGCUCCUUGGUUUGAACCCGACUUCUCCUGUGCUUGGGCAACCUGGCAGUAUCCCAGCCCUCGUGCUUCCUUCGGGUGGCAUGGCAGCUAAGCACCGGAAAAUGAUACAGCUGAACGAUUACCAAUUACCUUCCGUCACGAAGAGACUUGACCUUACCGUGUUGGUCAAUCCUCCAGUUUGGGGACUAGAACAUGGGGUGAGGUGGCUCAAGUGGUUAGAGCGUGAAUUUACUGAUCUGAAUGUCCGUGGUACGAACCUGGCGGUAUCUCAGCCCUCAUGCUUCCUUCGGGUUGCAUGGCGGCUAGGCACCGAUAGGGUGUUACAGUUGAACGACUUAUCAUUUAUUUAUCUAGAACAUACUUUUGAGUCAAAAGCUUUGGUUGAAGACCCUUCAUCGAGCACAUUUCCGUCAGAGCUAACACAACUACCGAAGUAUGUAAGACUUCCCACAACCUCCGGUGAUUCACCUUCAAUGGUAAGAGAUAUGUUCAACGACUGCAUGUCCUGGAGCAUGACUUUGCACUUUGAAUUCAGUGCAAGGACCUCAAAGUCUCGAAUCAAGUUUGCUAAUUUGCGUCACUUGUGGCGGUUGCAUGUACCAGGCUACAGUAAGGGCUGUGUUGUUAUAUGGGUGCGAGACGUUGCCACUGAGAGCAGAUGUGAUGCGUCUUCAGAUUUUCGACCACCGAUGCCCCAGAAGCGUUGCUGCUUUUGGAUGACGCCAGCGGAUUAG